GGGGCUCGCUGCAGACUGAACUCUGAACUCAAAACCUCAAGUAGCUAAAAGAAAAUUAUUAUGACUCUAUUUAUCUUCUCGCUAGCUGUUCUCUCAUCCUUCCUGCUGUCCUCCGGUGCAGAGGAGGGAUUCCCCCCGCUACCCAUCCUACAAACUAAGGGAUCUCAUUAUCAGAAUGGCUACUCCACAGGCCAAUUGUUUCAAAAACAGAUUCUAGCUGCGAUGGAGAAUAACACGUUCUUCAACAGUCGACUCCUCCAGUACAUAACCACGGACACGGGAGACAGCCAGUUCAAGGGUUACCUGGCAACAGCGGAGGAGCACUACCCCCAAUAUGUGGAUGAGAUUAGGGGAAUGGCCUCAGGGGCCAACAUCACAUUCAAUAAGCUGUUUCUGUGGAACAUGAAGUUUGAGUUUAAUCUGAUGUUAGAGCCACGCCUCCAUGCCCUCCCCCCUCCAGCAUGCUCCGAUCUCUAUCUCCUAGGAGACAGUCUGGAUGUGAUGGGUCACAACGAGGAUGGAGCUGCAAUUUUAGUCUCCACCGGCUACCUGCUCAACGUCACCACAGUAACGGGAGGAGAGAGGUUCCUGGCCUAUUGUUAUCCGGGAGAGCUUUGUGGGAAUGCCUUUGGCUAUAAUUACGCCACUAAAACAGUCGUCACUUGCAACGCUCUGUUCCCAAAGAUCAUCAACACCUCUGCCAUAGGUAGGAACUUUCUCAACCGAGCUCUACUUGGCCAGUCUUAUAGUGAGGCGGUGACCACGCUCAAACACAUUCAGUGUUCCUCAGGAUUUAGUCUGAACAUUGGCAGCUCUCGGAAGGGAGUGUGGUCUGUGUCCAACUUUGAGGUAUCAUCAGCUGGUGCAGUGGAAACAGUGUACGACAAUGGAUAUGGCUUCCACUUCAACUCAUACCUCCACAGUCCUGACGUGGCCCAGUACAGUGACCCCAGCUCCCACCAUCGCCUGACACGGAUACGGUCCCUACCCCCGGCUACAAGGGCAGAGGACAUUGUGGACUACCUGGGAGACACUGAAGACACUCAAUACCCCAUCUAUAGGACAGCUACCCCUCCGGACUAUGGUACUACCAUAGCAACAGCUGUGUUUGACCUCGGUAAGUCUGUCAUGAUCCUGUACAGAGGAAACCCCACCCUCACCAAACCCGUCAUGACCCUCCCUCUAGACUAGCCAAUCAGUGAACAGUUUUGUAUAUAUACAUGUCCUAACACCUAUUAUAUUAUUUUUGUCAAGCAAUACAAUAUUAAUUUGAAUUUAUGAAA